CCACCUUAAUUAACUGAGGUCACGUGAGAAUCCAAGUGGGAAUCUGUGGUCCAGCCGACCGCCAUCUGCUGCUCAUCGACGACUGUGGCUGUGGACGUUAGUCUGGAAGGAGAAUAACGAGGAGAAUAAAGGAUUUAGAGUAUUUUCAUCUGCACAGAAGCGCACGAGACCAGGCCCAGAUGACAUGUUGGAUUUGUUCCCGCCUGCGGCCUCCGGGCUCUAACGAGGCGAGACGUGGACGGACAAAGGAUCAAUUAGAGCUGCGGGGUGUCCGAGCAGCGGACGGUGGACCCUGAACGCCCCCCUAUUGUCCCGUCCACAGGAAACAGAGAAAUAAAGACAAUGUGAUUUGUUUCUGCUGAGCUGCACUCCAAAAGGCCUCGCAGUGACAGGGAGGUUCCUCUUUUCCUCUUUUCUUUAAAAGCGCUCGAUGACGUCUUCAAAGCGUCGGCAGAUGUGUCUCUACAUGUCCCCCCCACACACACACACACUCCCCCCUUUCAUCGGGCUGUUUCUGGUCAAACUUCAUAAACAUCAUGUAGCAUGAUUAACGUUUGAUGUGCAGACGACAUGCUAACAGAGGAAGAAGUAAAUAAUCCAUACUAUAUACCAUAAACCAGCUUCGUAUAACAGCUCUGACACGUAAUAUAUAUAUAAAAUAAAAUAUAUUGUGGUGUGAAAAGAGGAGAGAAAAUAGAUUCUUCCUGACUGUUUUCUCCAUCCAACCAGAAAUAUUCAAUUGUGCUUCUUUAAAUUGCACGGUAAUGUGAAACAUGCUAAUCUGCGUGACGUGAGAAUGAAGAGACUGAAGUAGUUAUGAACCUCCAGUUCAGAGACACGUAGUUCACGUCUUCCUAAAAACGUCUUUUUAACAGCUGAGAACGUUUUAAAGCAGAAUCAGAAGCCGCCGCUGUGAACAUGUGGCGCCGCAUUAGAACACAAACACAUCAAACUGAACCUCUCAGCUCAGAAAAACACGCAAAAAACCAAGCGGCUUCCUCACAUUCAGAGUCUGAUGCCGUUGUGAUGUUAGCGUGACGUUUCAAAAUCAAAGUUUGUCUUACCUCCGUGAUGAACACUCGCCAGCUGCCAGACUGAGGCGAGCAGGGAGAGUCCGUACUGACCCCAACACCCAACACACACACACACACACACACACACACACGCACACACACACACACACACACACAAACACUCCUCCCUGCCCCCCCCGCCCAAACACCCCACCCUGGUCAGUCUGCUCUCACUGGGAUCUGGGUUUGAAGAUGUCUACCUCUCUUUUAUCAGGAUUUAUCUUCAUAAAAUACGUUGGAUUUUAAUGCAGAACUCUUUAGUUUGUCUCAUUAUCUAACUAUUUUAUCUUUAGCAAUAUAUAACAAUUGUUAAUUCAACCAGACUUUUAAAAAACUGAAGUCAUGAAUACCUUCACAGCACAAAUAUAUUUAUUGACCAUAUCAUUUUCUGCAUAUUUAAAAUAACAUUAUCCUAAACUUUAAUAAUUCCAUGCAUUAGGGUGUAAACAUGUUAUUCAAGAUUUUGGUUGUAGAUUCUAAAUCCCUUUUUUUGGUAUACAAAUUGUAUUCCCUGACACCAGGUAGCAAAAGCACCCUUUAUCCCUCCUAAGAUGUGUGAAACAAAUGCAAAUAUGUAGAAAUUAGCUCACUUUCAGUUCCUCUAAAUGUUCUUUUAUCUCUGUAAUUCAGUUUCCUUGUUUUAAUACUACGAAUGAUCUUCAGCUCAAACACACGUUCCUUCUCAGCUGCGGGUGAAUGAAGAAACAUUUUGCACUUGUUAGUAGCUGGUGGGUUGUUAACCGAUCCAGUCAGCCAUUAACCGCUCUCUCUCUUCUGGGAGCCUUGAUGUCGUGCGCUUGUCUUAUCGGACAGCCGUCGGCCUUCCCACCUUCGAAUGCCUGACGUGUAACAGCUGACGUCUUCCCAGCGUGGAAAACGCACGGCGGGUCACUACAACGAUUCACAGCAUAUCAUAGUGGAUUGAGAUGUAUAGAAAUAGAAUGUGUUUAUUAAGUACAUUGUUUAAACUAGUUCAUGAUGAUUAGUCCCUCGGGUUUUUAUUACUUCUGCUUCUGUUUCUGGUCUGAAAUGUGAAGCCAACGAGGAAGUGAAUUAAAUUCUUUCUAAUAAACACCAAGGGGCGACUCUUGCUAUGAAGAAGUUUGAGUGUGUAAAAUGGUAAAAUGCCUUUUGAUACAUUCCGUCAGUUAAACAUGAGUUUAUAGUCCCGAUCUCUAGUUUUGAGACAAUACAGCAUGAGUUCCAUUUGAUAAAUGAUGGCCGAUUUAGCGUGAAAUAGACUAUAAAGCAGGAUUGGCCGCUGCUUGGCUUUGCACAGGAACCCAUCGACCAUAUUCUCAUUGAAUUGGGGCUUGAUUGGUCACGUAUCAUGUCAAUAUUCACCAAAUAUCUUAGAUUGAUAGAUCCAGAACUGAGUUCUCUAGUUUGAAGCGAACAUGACGGGCGUUCGGUUACAUAAAGCAGACCCUCAGAAGUGGAACAACAGCCAGCUGAGAUGAUUCCUGCGAAUUACUGUGACCACCAGCCUGACCUGAUUGGUCGAGGCUGGUAACAGACAAACAAACAUUUAGGGUCAUGACCCAAAAACACAGAAGUCACAGUGAUCAUACUUAAUGAGAAAAUAUCCAUAUUUUAGUCGAGAAAUGUCGUGACCAAAUGAAUCUUCCCGCUUUCAGCACCUUGGGACCUUUGUCGGGGCGUUGAGCCCAGAUGAUCUCCUGGAGUGAGGCGCUCACAGAUGUAGUUUUAAACCUCCUGAAGCCUUCGCAGCCCCACCGGGGCCGUUCCACACUUCCUGUUAGGGGAAACCUUCUCUGCGCAGUGAAAGUGUGCCGAUCAGCCGCGGGUGUGACCGCACGUGGUCGGUGACGUCCAACCAUAAAACCGUUGUGUGCAUACGCUGCUUUCCAUAACUCGUGUGCGUCCAGAAGGGAACCAGCACACCAACAGUCAGGUAGAGACACAACGGCUGCAUGGCUGACUUCUAAGUUACCAACUGGAUCGAGUCUGGACAGGGAGCCACGAUGCUAAAAGUGGCCCUCUUGAACACCCUGGAUGAACUUGGAAAAAAAGACUUGGAGCGCUUCAAGUGGUUCCUGAAGGACGAACGCCUUCAAGACUCCUCGCGCAUCCCGGUGAACAAGCUGGAGAAUGCGGAGACGUGGUACGUCGUUGAUCUGAUGAUCCAGACCUUCACAGUUCCCGGAGCUGUGACGGUGACCAAUCAGGUUUUGAAAAAGAUCAACAGGAAUGAUCUGCUGCUGAGAAAAGAUGAAAUCACUUUGCAACCAAAGUCAGCAUCCAUUUUAAAUUACCAACAAAAGCUUCAAUCAAACCUUCAGAACAAGUUUUUUCUUGCCUCAGAAUGGUUCAAGAACGAUCAGCCCCGUCUAGAUGAUAUCUACACAAAUCUGUACAUCACAUCAGGGUGCGACGGACACAUCAACCUGGAGCAUGAAGUCAUCGAGCUUGAGAUGAAACCAGCAGGAAGAGAGAACCCCAUUAAACGUUGUGACAUGUUCAAACACCCCUCUGGAAGAUACAAACCCAUAAGAACAGUUAUGACAAUUGGAAUUGCGGGAAUUGGAAAAACCUUUCUAGUGAGAAAGUUUGUGUUGGACUGGGCUGAAGGAAGAGCCAAUCAAGAUGUGCAUCUCAUUUUCCCUCUCAACUUCCACCAGCUGAAUUCAUCAAAGGGCCGAAGUUUCUGUUUGGCAGAGCUCAUUAAUGAAUUCGUCUCAGAGUCCAGAGACAUCCGGAAAGAGGUUCUCAACAACAUCUUCACAAGUCUGCAGUCAUCAGGAAACGACAACUAUGACAAGAGUGAAUUCAAACUUCUGUUUGUCUUGGAUGGACUGGACGAGAGCCGUCUUUGUCUGGACUUCUCUACCAGUGGAGAUCAGGCAUUUAACUUUGAUGUGACAGCGUCAGCCUCAGUGGACGUGCUGCUGACGAACCUCAUCAACAAGAAACUGCUUCCCUCUGCUCGCCUCUGGAUAACCACGCGACCUGCCACGGCCAGUAAAAUCCCUCGAGAGUUCAUCACCAUCAUGACAGAGGUCAGAGGGUUCACCGACCCACAGAAGGAGGAGUUCUUCAGGAAGAGGUUCAGAGACGAUGACCAGUCCAGCAGAAUCAUUUCCCACAUCAAGACAUCGCGAAGCCUCCACAUCAUGUGUCACAUCCCAGUCUUCUGCUGGAUCACUUCUGCAGUUCUGGGGGAGGUGAUGGACACCAAAGAGGGAGGAGAGCUGCCCAAGACACUGACUGAGAUGUACACAGAAUUCCUGGUGUUUCAGAUUCGUCAUACAAACAAGAAGUACAACCAAAAACAAUGCAUUAAGUGUAUUAAGUCAUUAGCAAAACUGGCUUUCCACCAACUGAAAAUUGGCAACCUGGUCUUUACCCAGGAAGAUCUCAAAGAGAGUGGCAUCGAUGUGAGUGCAGCCUCCGUGUGGUCUGGAGUGUUCACAAAGAUUUUCAAAGAGGAACGUGGGAGACGGAAUAAUGAAGUCAAGUCGUUCAGCUUUGUCCAUCUGACUGUUCAGGAGUUUCUUGCAGCUUUUUACGUAGAGAUGGCAGCCACUUCCAAACACAAGAAUGUAAUGUGUGAGCCAGAUCAAACUUGUGGGGAACAAGUGAAAAUGUUUUUCAGUAAAACAUCAAUGUCUGAGGUCUACAAGUUUGCUAUUGACAAGGCCUUGACGAGUCUAAAUGGACACCUCGACCUGUUCCUUCGAUUCCUCCUGGGUCUUUCUCUGCAGACCAAUCAGAAUCUCCUACGAGGUCUGAUGACACAUACAGGAAGAAGCUCAAAGUGCAAUCAGGAAACGGUCGAGUACAUCAAGAAGAAGAUCAGCGAGAAUCCAUCUCCAGAGAGAAGCAUUAAUCUGUUCCACUGCCUGAAUGAACUGAACGAUCGUUCUCUAGUGGAGGACAUCCAACAGUACCUGAGCUCAGAAGGUCUCUCCACGGAUAAACUGUCUCCUGCUCAGUGGUCAGCUCUGGUCUUCAUCUUGCUGUCAUCACAGGAUGAUCUGGCUGUGUUUGACCUGAAGAAAUAUUCUGCUUCAGAGGAGGCUCUCCUGAGGCUGCUGCCAGUGGUCAAAGCCUCCAACAAAGCUCUGCUGGGCAGCUGUAUUCUGUCAGAGAGAAGCUGUGAAGCUCUGUCCUCACUUCUCAGCUCCAGGUCCUCUAGUCUGAGAGAACUGGACCUGAGUAACAACGACCUGCAGGAUUCAGGAGUGAAGCUGCUCUCUGCUGGACUGUGUAGUACAAACUGCAAACUGGAGACUCUCAGGUUGAAUCAAACCAAGCUCACAAAGACUGGCUGUCAGGUGCUCUCAUCAGUUCUCACCUCCCAGUCCUCCCAUCUAAGGGAGUUGGACCUGAGUAACAACGACCUUCUGGAUUCAGGAGUGAAGCUACUCUUUGCUGGACUGGAGAGUUCUCACUGUGCACUGGAGACUCUCAGACUGAGUGGCUGUAAUCUAUCUGAGAGAAGCUGUGAAACUCUGUCUUCAAUUUUAAGCUCCCAGUCUUUUACUUUGAAAGAGUUAGAUCUUAGUCAGAACAGCCUGCAGGAUUCAGGAGCCACAUUGCUCUCUGCUGGACUUGUGAAUCGACCCUGUAAACUGGAGACUCUCAGGUUGAGUCAAACCAGGCUUACAAAGAUAUGCUGUCAGGGGUUAUCAUUAGCUGUCAGCUUCCAGUUCUCCAGUUUGAGAGAGUUGGACCUGAGCAACAACGACCUGGAGGAUUCGGGAGUGAAGCUGCUCUCUGCUGGACUGGAGAGUCCACACUGUAAACUGGAGACUCUCGGGCUUUCAGGGUGUCUGGUCACAGAGGAAGGCUGUAUCUCUCUGGCCUCAGCUAUAAGAUCCAACCCCUUCCACCUGAGAGAGCUGGACCUGAGCUACAACCACCCAGGAGUCUCAGGAGUGGAGCUGCUGUCUGCUGGACUGCAGGAUAAAGCCUGGAAACUAGAAACGCUGAGGGUGGAACAUGGUGGAGAGCAUAGGCUGAAACCUGGCCUGAGGAAAUAUGCCUGUGAACUCACAGUGAACACAAACACAAUGAACAAACACCUCAAACUGUCUGACAACAACAGGAAGGUGACAGUGGAGAAAAGGAAGCAGCUCUAUACCUAUCACCCAGAGAGGUUUGACUACUGGUACCAGGUGUUGUGUACCAAUGGUCUGACUGGUCGCUGCUACUGGGAGGUUGAGUGGAGAGGAACCGUUGAGGUCUCGGUCACUUACAGAGGAAUCAAGAGGAAAGGAAAAAGUGCCGACUGCUCGCUUGAAGGGAACAAUCGUUCCUGGUGUCUAACCUGCUCCACAGUCGACGGUUAUUCGGUUAGUCACAACGACAGGAGCAGCCGCCUGUCGCCCCCCGCCUCCUCCGGCAGAGUAGGAGUGUACGUGGACUGGCCUGCUGGCACGCUCUCCUUCUACAGAGUCUCCUCCGACACACCGGUCCACCUCUACACCUUCAACAUCACAUUCAGCGAACCGCUGUAUCCCGCGUUCGGGUUCGGGUUGUUCGGUUCCUCCGUGUCUUUUUGUUCACUGUCAAAGGGAGAAUCUCCUCCAGUGUAGGGAGACACACACACUGCUGUGCACACACAAACACACACACACACACACUGCUGUGCACACUCAAACACACACAGACAGACAAACUCAGUCAUUUUAACUUAAGUGUUUAUGGUUGUGUCUAAAGAUUUAGAUACGAUCUGACUUUAUUCAUCCCCAAAUGGGAAAUUCAGAGAUUGCACAGACACAAUAAGAAAAGUAUAGAAAUAUAAACUUUUAAAGAAUCUAGAAUCUAAAUUACAAUGCAAUCACAACAAGAGAGCUAAAUAUUGGUACAAUACCCUCUCAAGCUAAAUUUUCAUUUUAAACCGCAAAGCAAAUUUAAAAGGGACAUUAUUUUACAAAAUCUCGACUUUCUCUUUGUUUUCUGAAAAUGUGAUUUAUUGAUUGC